AUUUGAGUACUUAAAGGAAAAGAAAAAGAAAAAGAAAAAGAAAAGAAAGGGUAUUUGUAUUUAGCGGCGAGGGGAGGGGAGGGGAAGGGAAGAGUAUAGAAUUGGGAAAGAAUAUUGAAUUGAAGAAGACGAAGACCACAUUCAUUCAUUAUGAGCAACGAAUACGAUUACCUGUUUAAGCUUCUGAUAAUCGGAGACUCCUCCGUUGGAAAGUCAUGUUUGCUUCUCAGAUUUGCGGAUGACUCGUAUGAUGACAACUACAUUAGUACCAUCGGAGUCGAUUUCAAAAUCAGAACUGUGGAACAACAAGGGAAAACCGUCAAGCUGCAGAUUUGGGAUACCGCUGGACAGGAGCGAUUCCGGACUAUAACUAGCAGUUAUUAUAGAGGAGCUCAUGGAAUCAUUAUUGUUUAUGAUGUCACUGACAUGGAAAGUUUCAACAAUGUCAAGCAGUGGUUGCAUGAAAUUGAUCGUUAUGCAAAUAACACUGUAUGCAAGCUUCUUGUUGGGAAUAAAUGUGAUCUCAUUGACAACAAACUUGUUCACACACAGACUGCCAAGGCAUUUGCAGAUGAGCUUGGCAUCCCUUUCCUUGAGACAAGUGCUAAAGACUCCAUCAAUGUGGAGCAGGCUUUCUUAACUAUGGCAGCAGAGAUUAAGAACAAGAUGGGAAGCCAACCAACUGGUAGUAAGUCUUCUGAAUCUGUUCAGAUGAAGGGGCAACCAAUCCCACAGAAGAGCAAUUGUUGUGGUUAGGUUGAACUUGUAAAUUUCCAUCUCUUUUUUAACUCUUAUAGUAAAAUAGAGAGACCGUGUUUCUUUAAUCUGUUAUGACAUGGAUGUUUCGGUCACUGCCAAAAUACCAUCUAUUUAAUCCUUGGAUAAUAUAGUUUCUGACUCUUAUGGUGACUACUCAAAUUUAGAGUGAAUAGGAAGCAAUUUCUUAUA